AUGACCCUGGGCAGCUGCUGCUGCGAGAUCAUGUCCUCCGAGAGCUCCCCGGCCGCGCUGUCCGAGGCCGACGCCGACAUCGACGUGGUGGGCGGCGGCGGCGGCGGCGGCGGGGGGGAGCUCCCCGCGCGCCCCGGGCCCCGCGCCCCCCGGGACGUGCUCCCGCCCGGCCCCGCGCCGCCCCGGGAGGAAGCCGAGGCCGACGCGGCCGAGGACGGAGACGAGUCGGGCGGCUGCUCGGACGGCGAGCCCCGCGCGCUCGCGUCCCGGGGGGCGGCGGCGGCCGCGGGCAGCCCGGGAGCCGGGGCGGCGGCGGCGGCGGCCCGGGGCGCGGCGGGGCCGGGGCCGGGAGCGCCGUCGGGGGGCGCGGCGACGCGGAGCCCGCUGGUGAAGCCGCCCUACUCGUACAUCGCGCUCAUCACCAUGGCCAUCCUGCAGAGCCCCAAGAAGCGGCUGACGCUGAGCGAGAUCUGCGAGUUCAUCAGCGGCCGCUUCCCCUACUACCGGGAGAAGUUCCCCGCCUGGCAGAACAGCAUCCGCCACAACCUCUCGCUCAACGACUGCUUCGUCAAGAUCCCCCGCGAGCCGGGCAACCCGGGCAAGGGCAACUACUGGACGCUGGACCCCGAGUCGGCCGACAUGUUCGACAACGGCAGCUUCCUGCGGCGCCGCAAGCGCUUCAAGCGGCAGCCGCUGCCGCCGCCGCACCCGCACCCGCACCCGCACCCCGAGCUGCUGCUGCGCGGCGGGGCCGCGGCGGCCGGGGACCCGGGCGCCUUCCUGCCGGGCUUCGCCGCCUACGGCGCCUACGGCUACGGCUACGGCUUGGCGCUCCCGGCCUACGGCGCGCCCCCGCCGGGCCCGGCGCCGCACCCGCACCCGCACCCGCACCCGCACCCGCACGCCUUCGCCUUCGCCGCGGCCGCCGCGCCCUGCCAGCUGUCGGUGCCCGCCGGCCGCGCCGCCGCGCCGCCCCCCGGACCCCCGACGGCCUCGGUGUUCGCGGGCGCAGCCUCGGCGCCGGCGCCGGCGCCGGGCACAGGGUCGGGCCCGGGCCCCGCAGGCCUGCCCGCCUUCCUGGGCGCGGAGCUGGGCUGCGCCAAAGCCUUUUACCCCGCGUCGCUGAGCCCGCCCGCCGCGGGCACCGCCGCGGGCCUGUCCUCCGCGCUCCUGCGCCAGGGCCUCAAGACUGACGCGGGGGGCUGCGCGGGCGGCGCGGGCGCCGGGCCGGGGCAGCGGCCUUCCUUCUCCAUAGACCACAUCAUGGGCCACGGCGGCGGCGGCGGCGGGGCCGCGCCCCCGGGCGGGGGCGAGCGCUCCCCGGGGUCGCCGUUCGCCGCGGCGGGGCCUGGGGGUCAAGCGCAGGUCUUGGCCGUGUUGACUGCCCCGGCCCUGGCCCCGGUGGCCGGCCACAUUCGCCUCUCGCACCCCGGGGACGCCCUGCUCUCCUCGGGGCCCCCGUUCGCCGGCAAAGUCGCCAGCCUCGGCGGCUGCCACUUCUGACCGCGUCGGGCUCCGGCCAGCCAGGCCCGCACGCCCCAGCGCCUCCCGGAGCGGCCGCGGCCCCCGCGGAACUCAGGGAGUCUAUUUAUGAAGCGUCCCAGACCGGCCCGCGCAGG